GUUUCUUCCUAUUUGUAGAGUUUUGUUCACCCUGUAUGUACAUACAUACAUACAUACAUAUGUAUGUACACAUACGUAUACUAUGACCACGAAGUGAAAAGUAGACUGUAGAAGGUAUGUACCAUAUUGAUGAUGUUGAUGAGCCUUCUGAAUCUAGCCGAGAUGCGCAAACCAAAUGCACUUCUGUAACAAGAGUAAUACAUAUAUACAUAUGUAUGUACCUACAUAAAUAUCCACAUAAAUGUGCAUAGUAGGUGUGAUUUGGACGUAAGAUGUUCUCAGUGUUCAGAGGUAACAGUUGAUACAUCGCUUGGCGGUACGGUUAGGAUACAUUAUCACAGGAAGAAGGGAAAAGAAAAUUGUUUAUAAGAAUAGUGUGGGUCGUAACAAUGGGCUAUGCAAUGGGACUAAAAUUCACGUGAAUGGAAUGUAUUACUGUCAUGUAGUACGUACAAUGACGUAUAGACGUCAAGAGAAUAUAAAGUACUUAUUUUUUUUUCCACUGUUAUCAUGGAUUCCAGAUUGAGGGACAAUGUACAACAUCUUUUCGAGUGUUUUUGUGAAAUAGCUGCACCAUUAGGAGAGAGGCCACCUUGGAUACUUCAAAAGUAUCCUACUUCAUUUUCGGAUGAGGAAAUACUUAAAUCUGUUCCAAAAUUUGCAUACCCGUGUGAAAUUGAAAAUCUGUUGGUGCAACAUUUUUCAUUUGUAUUCACUAGUUCAAAAUGGACGUUUGGAUUUUGUCGACACGAUCCUAAAACAGAUACAGCUUUAGUAAUCUUAAGUGCAUUACCAUGGCAUGAAAUAUUUUACAAGCUUUUAAAUAAUAUUGCAACCUUAAUGAGUACUGGCACUGGAGAAGAUCUCUGGAAAUUUCUUGAAACUGUGUAUAGAAGUUCAGUUCCCAUUCCUGGUAGUUCUAUAUCGAUCCCUGUACCAAAUUCUAAAGUGAAUUUUGUUUGUCAAAGUCCGAAACAAUUUCAAUUACCAAGUAUACCUGAAAAUAGAAAUUUGACCGAGUAUUACAGUGCUGUUGAUGCCCAGAAUAUGAUGAUAGUAUUUGCUUCUAUGUUAUACGAACGACGAAUUAUUUUCACUUCAAAACGUCUUUCAAGAUUGAGCGCAUGUGUUCAAGCAUGCAACGCUUUAAUAUACCCGAUGAUUUGGCAACAUAUAUACAUACCAGUACUACCACUAUUUUUAAUAGAUUAUUUAUUAGCACCAAUGCCAUUUUUAAUCGGAGUUCCUGCUCCAACACUUCAGAGAGUACGUAAAGGUGAUUUAGAAGAAGUAGUAAUUUUGGAUGCUGAUAAUAAUACGAUAGAAUCGCCAUUUCAAGACUUGGAAUCCUUACCUCAGGAUGUGGUGACAAACUUGAAAAGGGCAUUACGUAAUAGACCCGCGCUUCUCGGUGAUGGAGUGUCAAGGGCAUUUCUGCGUGCAUUGGUACAAUUAACAGCUGGCUACAGGGACGCAUUAACGCUGGAACAAGGACAAAGUAUUACUUUUGAUCGAGAUGCAUUUAUAGAAAGCAGACCUCCCUCGAUGCAACCUUUUGUACGAGAAAUGUUGCAGUUACAAAUAUUUCAACAAUUUAUAGAAGAAAGACUGAAUAUGCUUAAUUCAGGACUUGGUUUCUCGGAUGAGUUCGAAAUGGAAGCUUGUAGUUAUUCCGCUAAAUCUGGUAGUAAAUUUAUGCAGCAGUACCGGGAAUGGACGUAUACCAUGCGAAAGGAAAGUUCCGCGUUUUUCCGCAGUGUGAAAGAUAAAGCCAAUCCAGCUGUAAAAUAUGCAGUUAAAUCGGUAAAAGACAAAGGUAAAGAUAUGAAAACAGCAUAUAAAGGAUUAAAAUGGAAAGGUCGAUCAAAUAGAAACGAAACGGGUAUGAGGUUUUAUCAACCAAGAUCUGCGCCUAGUUCGCCUACAGUGGAUAGAAGGCCUAUUGAUUUUACAUCUCCUUCGAAAUCACCAAAUGGUUUUACAGCUACAACUAGUUAUAGAAAAGAUCUUCGGAUGCGAAAUAGCAAUUUUACCGAUUCAAGUUGCAGUAGACAACAAUAUUCUCCAUUGAGUCCUAGCUCUCCAGAAGAAUCUGAUUCUCCACCAGAAAGGGUAAAUAUCGAUCUUAUGCAAGAACUUCGUCACGUGAUAUUUCCAAAUACACCUCCUAUCGAUAGAACAGUAAGUUUGAAACCAGUGCGCAGCUUAGACAGCUUGAGACCUGCAUGGAAUGGACAUAUGCGGCACGGUCCUCCACCUAAUCCAGUUGUCACAAAUCCAAUUGUUACCUCCUCUUCACAAACAAUAUCCUCUAAUCCACAUUCCACCUUAAUUAAUUUGGUAGAUCAGUCAAAUGUUACGUUAAAUACCAAUGAUAAUAUUAAUACUCAAACUAGUGUAAAUAAAACAUAUCCAUUUGAUUCUUUGGCCUUGAAAGUAAAUAAAGCAGGAGAAGAAAUUGAUAAAUCAUCAGAAGAGUCUGUUCAUAAUGCACACUCGAGUAAUUUUUUGCAUGAAUUUACAGAACAUAAUACAUCUUUGUAUUCGCAAAAUACGGAUAUAAAUCAUUGUAAGAAUGGUUUUGAAAAUUGCUCAGAAAACACUGAAAUUUAUCCUGAUGAUGUUUUUACAAAUUAUAAUCUAGAUGUAACGAAACAUUCUUUCGACAAAUGUCUGAAAAAUUUCAAUUCACGCUUUCAUUUGAAAGAGAAUGAUCCUUUUGAUACAAGUAAAGUAUUUAUACCUUCCUAUUUGCAACCACCGAUCUUUCAAGCUACAAAUGCAUCGUUGUCUGUUAAUUGUCACGUUCCAUCCCAUGCAUACAAUAGUACAUCUUACUCUGCACAUUCGAAGGAUUCUCCUGAAGUGCCAGAUUUAAUUAGAUUAGAUUCUACCACAAGCAGCGAAGACUUCGACCCGCUACUUUCCAAAUCGUCGGAAUUCACCAAUUCCAAACAAAUGACUCAGUCGUUACAUAUUCCUGAAAUGGGCGAGGGUCUUAGCAAUCCGCUAUACCCUUACUUUCAACCAUUGCACAAAAAUAAUGACAAGCAACAAAAAUCCUCCGAUAAUAUCGGUGAUUUGGAUUUGUUACAAGCCUACGGUUUGGAUUUUAACAAAUUUAGUAUAAGCAACGGCGAUUCACCGACGAAAAAGUCUAACAUAUGUAACACAUCCGAAAACAGUAUUAAUGUAGAUAAUACGUUCAGCUUAACGUUGAAUACACCUGCCAUUAAAUCACAAAAUAAUUGGACAAAAUUCGAAUAAGUAAUAAAUUACCGUUCACAUAUCGUAAUUGUA